AUGUCCGAGCCCACACAAAAGCCGCACUACAUUUACAAAAUCGUCCCCUCGGCACCGCCGUCGCCCUUGCCGGCCGAGUUCCCCCUCUCGGACCUCGACCGCAACGACGGCUUCAUCCACCUGAGCACAGCCGAGCAGGUCCUCGGCACGGCGGACCUCUUCUUCUCCGCCGCAACAUCCCUCUGGCUCCUCAAACUCCCCUAUGCAGCCCUCGCCGAGGAGACGCGGUGGGAGUUCCCGCCCUCUAGCACUUUCCCCUCGGCGUUUCCUCACCUGUACGGACGCAACUUUGGCGCCGCCGACGUCGCUGAUGCGCGGGGCUUUGAGAGGCCCGACGGCGCGGUGUGGAGCGAGAUCCUUAGGGGGGAUGCGUGGCUCGUCUGA